GUACGGGCAACCAGCUCCCCUCCCAUUCAGGUACGGGCAACCAGCUCCCCUCCCAUUCAGGUACGGGCAACCAGCUCGGCCUCCCAUUCAGGUACGGGCAACCAGCUCCCCUCCCAUCCCAUUCAAGUACGGGCAACCAGCUCGGCCUCCCAUUCAGGUACGGGCAACCAGCUCCCCUCCCAUUCAGGUACGGGCAACCAGCUCGGCCUCCCAUUCAAGUACGGGCAACCAGCUCGGCCUCCCAUUCAGGUACGGGCAACCACCUCCCCUCCCAUUCAGGUACGGGCAACCACCUCCCCUCCCAUUCAGGUACGGGCAACCAGCUCCCCUCCCCUCCGAUUCAGGUACGGCAACCAGCUCCCUCCCCCCAUUCAGGUACGGGCAACCAGCCCUCCUCCCAUUCAGGUACGGGCAAACCAGCCCUCCUCCCAUUCAGGUACGGGCAACCAGCUCCCCUCCCAUUCAGGUACGGGCAACCAGCCCUCCUCCCAUUCAGGUACGGGCAACCAGCUCCCCUCCCAUUCAGGUAAGGGCAACCAGCCAUCCUCCCAUUCAGGUACGGGCAACCAGCUCCCCUCCCAUUCAGGUACGGGCAACCAGCUCCCCUCCCAUUCAGGUACGGGCAACCACCUUCCCUCCCAUUCAGGUACGGGCAACCAGCUCCUCCCAUUCAGGUCCGGGCAACCAGCUCCUCCCAUUCAGGUCCGGGCAACCAGCUCCCCUCCCAUUCAGGUCCGGGCAACCAGCUCGGCCUCCCAUUCAGGUACGGGCAACCAGCUCCCCUCCCAUUCAGGUACGGGCAACCAGCUUGGCCUCCCAUUCAGGUACGGCAACCAGCUCCCCUUCCCUCCCAUUCAGGUACGGGCAACCAGCUCUCCUCCCAUUCAGGUACGGGCAACCAGCCCUCCUCCCAUUCAGGUACGGGCAACCAGCCCUCCUCCCAUUCAGGUACGGGCAACCAGCCCUCCUCCCAUUCAGGUCCGGGCAACCAGCUCCCCUCCCAUUCAGGUCCGGGCAACCAGCUCCCCUCCCAUUCAGGUCCGGGCAACCAGCUCCCCUCCCAUUCAGGUCCGGGCAACCAGCUCCCCUCCCAUUCAGGUCCGGGCAACCAGCUCCCCUCCCAUUCAGGUCCGGGCAACCAGCUCCCCUCCCAUCCCAUUCAGGGCAGAAAAACAAGACAUCUGCUCCCCGAACAUGAUCAGGGCAGAGAAACCAGACAUCUGCUCCCUGAACAUGAUCAGGGCAGAGAAACCAGACAUCUGCUCCCUGAACAUGAUCAGGGCAGAGAAACCAGACAUCUGCCCCCCCCCCCCAACAUGA